AUGGCUCUCUCCACCGCCUCCCAGGAGCUGGCGAGCCCGCCUUCCUCUCUGAGUGCCCUGCCAUUGUCAUCCCAAGAGCCUCCCCAAGACUUUGAGCGUGCCCCCGCUGGCACUGCCCUGUCCUUCAAGAUGAGGCUGUCCAUCGUUGUAGGGUUCGUCUUGUCGCUUAUCCUCCCCUUUCUGACCAGCGCCAUCACCGUGGGCGAUGUGAUGAGCAGAUCACUGGUGGCCUAUUCGCGCCAGAACUCCAGACGAGACGACGUGUCAGACAUCUUGACCGCCAUCGAGGACCUAGCCGAGUGCUCAGCGUGCCAGGCUCUCCUGCUGGUGCUCCAAGCACUCGCCCACCUCGGCAACGAUGCCUUUUCCGGCGUCAUCAUCGACGUGUGCGAAGCCCUGGGCGUUGAGGAUAAAGAUGUGUGUGCCGGUGCAAUCGGGCUGGAGGGACCGAUUCUGGCACACGACUUGCGAAAUAUGAACAUCCCAAGCAAGACCUCUGAGUUGUUCUGCAUGACUAUCUUUGGGCUGUGCCAGUGGCCCGAGGUCGACACAUCCUACUCGGUGUCCAUGUCAGCGAAACCAGCGAACGCGACGCGGCCGCAGCCGAGCGGCCAGACGCCCCUCAAGGUGGUGCACAUCAGCGACAUCCAUGUAGACCUCAACUACACCACCGGCGCGAGUUACAACUGCACCAAGAACAUCUGCUGCCGGCCCUACACCGCGGCCGACGAACCUGGGGUGACAGACUAUCCCGCUGGUCCGUACGGCAACUCGGAGUGUGAUAGCCCGGUCAGCCUCGAAGAAAGCCUGUACAAGGCCAUCGAGGACCUCGUCCCCGACCGGGCCUUCACAAUCUUCACAGGCGACGUGGUCGAAGGCGCCGUCUGGCUCGUGACAGACGAGGAGGUGACGAAUGACUUGAACGACGCGUACGGCCGCAUGCAGGGCAUCGGGCAGACAUACGCCGUCAUCGGCAACCACGAAAGCAGCCCGGUGAACUCUUUCCCGCCCGCGAGCGUCGACACGACCAUCAGCACCCAGUGGGCGUACGACACCCUUUCGUCCGACAUCGAGGGGUGGAUCGGCAGCGCGGCCGCCGCGCAGGUAUCGUCCAACUUUGGGAGCUACUCGGUCGCUGCGGAGGGCCACCCGGGCCUGCGGAUCAUCUCGCUCAACACGAACUUCUGGUACCGGCAGAACUUCUGGCUGUACGAGGAGACCAUCGAGCACGACCCGAGCGGGAUGCUCACCUGGCUGGCCGCCGAGCUCGAGGCCGCAGAGGCGGCAGGGGAGCGCGUCUGGGUCCUGGGCCACAUGCCCCUGGGCUCGAGCGACGCCUUCCACGACCAGAGCCACUACUUCGACGGCAUCGUGCAGCGGUUCGACGGAACAAUCGCGGGCCUGUUCUACGGGCACACGCACAAGGACGAGUUCGAGGUCGCGUAUGGCAACUACACGGGCCGGUCCGCGGCCGCGGCGACCAUGGCGAGCUACAUCGCGCCGGCGCUCACGCCCACGUCGGGGAACCCGACCUUCCGCGUCUACGACGUUGACCCGGUCACCUUUGGCGUGCUGGAUUAUACCGUCUACUACGCUAACAUUUCCAGCCCGACGUACCAAACUAACGGCCCGGCAUGGGAGGUCUUAUAUAGCGUCAAGGAGGCGUACGGCAGUCUCCUCAAUUAUACCGACCCGGCGGCCGAGCUGACACCCGCGUUCUGGCACAACCUGACCGAGCUGUUCGAGAGUGACGAGGCCGUCUUCCAGGAGUACUACGCCCGCAAGACGCGCAACUCGGGCUCGUCCACCUGCACGGGGGACUGCAAGACCACCGAGAUCUGCGAGCUGCGGGCCGCAGAGUCGCAGUACAACUGCGGCACCGUCAGCCCGGGGAUCAACCUCAAGAGGAGGAGCGAGGCUAGGCGUGAUGUCGGCGACGGCGAGGGUAUCGAUGCCCACGGCUUCCACGAGUGUGAGGCGUCCAGCGUGGUGCCUGUCAUGACGAGCAUCUACUCGGCUGGUGGGCUGGGUGCGCUGACGGAUGCGCUGGUCAGGGUCGCUGGGGCGGCUUUUCUGAACACGACUGUCACUGGGACCUAUGUAUAG